AUGUCCGCUUUUUCUGAGGCGUGGCUCGUUGGGCCAUCGUCUACCAACUUUUACACGCGUACCUACGUCGGAGAGGCCCCGAAUUCGGUUCUCAUAUAUCUGCACGGAGCCGGGGAGCACAUCGGCCGCUACGACGAAACACAUGCCCUGUUUGCACAACGGGGUGUGGCGGUCUUUACGUUCGACCAGCGCGGGUUUGGACUCACUGCGCAGGAUGAGGAACAUAGGAGUGCGAACAGCUCCUACGGAAAAGCAAACUGGAGAGAACAGAUGGAGGAUAUAGAAUGGGCUGUCAAGCAUGUCCGUAGCGAGUUUCCAAAUCUCCCUAUCUUUCUCAUGGGCUUCUCUUUGGGUGGUACAGCGGUUCUCGGCUUCGCGACUCGCGAAGAUGCGCCUCCUGAGCAAUCCACUGUCGCUCUGUUAUCUGGCAUCAUCGGCUUUGCCCCUACGGUGCAGCUCGUCCACCUGCCACCGAAACUCGUGUAUUUGAUAGCAAAGCUCAUUCGGUGGAUCAUGCCCCACGCACUGUAUCCCAUCAGGAACAAACCGAAGGACUUGUCGCGAAACCCGAAGACCAAUGCGGCGUAUCUCCAGGAUCCGCUUGUUGGAACGCCUGGGAGCCUGGAAUAUAUAGGGGAUGGAAUAGACUACGGCCAGGAUCUUCUUAACAAGGAUUACAAACGAUGGCCUGAGAAUUUGCCCAUUCUGUUCGUUCAUGGCUCUGCGGAUACAGUUGCAUCCCCUGUCAAAACCGAGGAAUUCUACCACAAGAUCCCGGCGACGGACAAGAAGCUUGUGAUAUACCCUGGAGCAUAUCAUGAACUGCACAACGAACCUGACGGCGUGAAGGAAAAGGUGCUCGAGGAUAUUCUUGCCUUCAUCGACUCACAUUCGCAGCCGCGCCAGUGA